GUUAAACCUCGCGCUCGCUUUCCUAUCUCGACCGUUCCCCAACCAAUGAACCACUAAGACACCUCUGGUUAGCAAGGACCAGUUCAAGCACCCCACGCUACAAAAACUCCACUAAACCCCUGUCGGCGCAAGCUCCCAGAUCUCCCAAAUCUCGGGGGGGGGGAGUACCUCGGUUUCUCUCCACACUCAUGAUCUUGAACCUUUUUCAUUUCUCUACGCAUCGUGACUUGAACCUGUUGUCUUUUAUUUCAAUCUCGCGCUUCUCUGAACGCUUAAUCUCUUCUCUUCUUAAUUAAUAACUAUCCAACUCAAGACCCUACCAUGUUCGAUCCAUCUACUCCUCCAACAGCUUGUUGCCCCUUCUGCACAAUCUGCACCAUCUUCAAGCCCUAUGAUCCUCUCAACCCUCCUCCCCAAUCAUCACCAUCAAUAGACCCCGAGCUCGUAUCCCCUGCAUCCUUCAUCGUGCUCUCCACCCCGACACUUAUCGCCUUUCUCGACAUCCUACCUCUCAGCCGCGGUCACCUCCUCCUCUGCCCAAGACCUCAUCGCCCCAAGCUUACCGACGUGACCGACUCCGAGUCCGCAGAGCUGGGUCGUUAUCUGCGCGUUUUAUCCAAGGCGACGGCUCGCGCCACAGGUGUUGAAGACUGGAACGUGGUGCAGAACAACGGCGCUGCUGCUGCCCAGGUCGUUCCUCACAUGCACUUCCACAUCAUCCCCAGACCGGAAAUUCGCGCCAGCGGUAGGUUCAGUGAGAGCUUUACCAUGUUUGGAAGAGGGAAGCGGGAGGAGCUGGAUGAUGAUGAGGCAGCCCAGUUGGCUGAGGAGCUGAGGCAGAGUGUCGCCGCCGUCCUGAAGGAAGAGGAGGAGGAGACAGCAGUUUCUUGUUGUCUCAUUGGUCACUCUUCGGAUCAGCGUGCCAUUUUGGGGUCUCUUUAUUACAUUCUCAUAUCUCUAUCCAAUACCCAUGACAUGUAA